GGAUCCGUAGCGCGUUUGAGGGGUGUGACCACGUGACAUAUGUGAUACUUGUGCUUUCUGUUGUUCUUCCCCAAAUGCCACAAAAUACGCUGACAAACUCUAUAAAUCAAAACACAAACUGUCUCGGGAUUGCUCAAUUCCUUACUGUCGAAGUUUUAGAUCCGAACAACAAACUACCGACAGGAAUUCUUCCGUAUUUAUAAACUUGGAAGCAUAUGCAAGUUAUUAGCCCCGCUCUUCCACCUGGCCACUUGUCAACUGACGUUCACUUGGUUGCGAACCUAGAGAGGAGGGAACAUAAACAGGAUACAAAUGCGGUUGAAAGACCCCUUCUCUUUAAAAACCGCAGACAUGACCAAGCGGUCUAACAAGCCAAAGAAGCCUCGUGAUGAAGACUCUUCUGACGAGGUUGGCGGGUUGACGUGUCAGCAUGUGAGCAGGGCUGUGGACCUCAGCUCAGUGAAGAAGGCAGUGACGGGCAGCAUGUGGUCUGUGUGCUCCGAUUGUCUUAAGGAGAGGAAUGUGCUUGAGGGAGAAGCAGCAGGAGUACAUGCCAUCCUUGUGUGCCUCAAGUGCGGGUUCCAGGGCUGUAACCAGGCAGAAACUCAGCAUUCCACAAAACAUCAGCAAGCUCAUCGCUCUGACUCUCACUGUAUCACCAUCAGCCUCAGUACAUGGAAGGCCUGGUGCUUUGAAUGUAAGGAAGAGCUCUCCACUCACUGCAAUAAGAAAGCCCUGGCUCAGACUCUGGACUUCCUGCAGAAGCACUCAGCAAAGGCCGCCUCAGCAACAACCUCAAAGAUUAUCAAGCUCAGAGAGGAACCCGCUGAAUAUGUGGACACUCAGAGAGGCAAGAGUCCAGUGAAUAGCACACUUAUCCCGGUCAAGGGCAUCAACAACCUGGGCAAUACCUGCUUCUUCAAUGCUGUGAUGCAGAAUCUCUCCCAGACCCACAUGCUGAAUGACUUGAUUCAAGACGUCAAGGAAAAAGGUCAUAAGAUGAAGAUCUGCCCCUCUGCUGAGACUAACUUGGGGCCACUAACUGUGACGUUGUCCAGCCCAGAACCCCUCACCUCAGCCAUGUUUCUGUUCCUCCAAAGCAUGAAGGAGCCUGGGAAAGGGCCCGUCUCACCCAAGAUCCUUUUCAACCAGCUUUGUCAGAAGGCCCCUCGCUUUAAGGGUUACCAGCAACAGGACAGUCAGGAAUUGCUGCACUACCUCCUGGACUCUAUGAGAGUGGAGGAGACAAAGCGCAUUAAAGCAGGAAUCCUCAAAGCCUUUAACAACCCCACGGAGAAGACCGCUGAUGAGGAGACCAAACGACAAGUGAAGGCUUAUGGAAAGGACGGAGUGAAAAUGAAUUUUGUAGAUCGGAUAUUCGUCGGAGAGCUAACCAGCACCAUAAUGUGUGAAGAGUGUGAACAUAUUUCCACAGUAAAGGAAGCCUUCAUUGACAUUUCCCUUCCCAUCAUAGAGGAAAGGAUCUCUAAACCCACAAACGCUGGUAGACUGGGGAAAAGUGGGCGGGAGCAAGACGGUCUGGUCUCUCACGAUGACUCGUCAGCUGCCCAUUCACAAGCCAAUCGAAACAGCAGGAGGUUGAGCGGACAGAAGCUACAGGGUCGCCAUUCAUCCACUUCUCACGAUGAGAGAGGCGCAGACUCGGUUUCUAGCCGACAAGAUGAGGAGCUCUGUGUGGCGGGUCGUGGCCUGGCAAGUUACCGGGUGGAUACGAUGGGCAGCCAAUCAGACUGCAGUGAGAAAGACUCCAACCUUCAGGACAGCAGUAAUGAUGCAGACAGCGAGGCCUCUGAGAGCGAAUGGUCUCCUCGAAUCCCAUCUGUAUCCGGUCAUAGUAGCACGUCAGAUAAAGUCUUAACCACCACGACUGCAACCACAACGGCACACAAUCCAAGUCUAAAACCUAACCUGAGCCCAAGCCACACUCCCUUAGCCCCAAUUAGACCUCAGCAGGGCGGCGCUGUAGAGCAGCUUGUCAGCGCUGUGUCCAAGCUGGGCCUAGUGCACACUUCCACCGACACUUUACCUGUCAGCAACAGCCCAGAGGAACCAACUGAAAUCCGGGAGAGAGACCGUCAACACCACCAAGGGGCCUUCCAAGCCCUCUGUCACAGCUACACCCCCAGCUCUAAAGAGUGCUCGGUACAGUCCUGUCUGCACCAGUUCACCUCUGUUGAGCUGCUCAUGGGCAACAACAAACUGCUUUGUGAAAACUGCACUGAAUGGAGGCAGAGGCAGAUGAAGAGGAGUGAUAAGAAGGCUGAGAAAGUGUACACCAGUGCCCGUAAACAGAUGCUCAUCUCUGCACUUCCACCGGUGGUCACUCUUCACCUCAAACGCUUUCACCAGGCUGGGAUGAAUCUGAGGAAAGUUAAUAGACAUGUGGAUUUUCCUCUUAUGCUGGACCUGGCUCCUUUCUGCGCUGCCAAUUGUAAGAACCUCGGGUCAGGAGAGCGUGUGCUUUACAGCUUGUAUGGCAUUGUGGAGCACAGCGGAUCGAUGCGAGGUGGGCACUACGCAGCCUAUGUGAAGGUCCGCACUCCUCAACGUAAACCUGAGCAGCGCAGGAACCAGUCAGGUUCCAGAGAGGCCAGUUCAGCCCCACAAGGCCAGUGGGUGUACGUUAGCGACACCAGCGUACAGACUGUACCGGAGUCCAGAGUGCUGAACUCUCAAGCUUAUUUACUUUUCUACGAAGAACAGCUAUAGAGCCGUGCGGCCGCGUGAAUCCGACACGAUCCAGAUGAAUGCAACAGGCAAUAUCAACUCAGACAACCGCGAGCACUUACUGCAUGCCUAUAUCCUUGUAUUUUAAUGUAGGAUUCUAUAUACUAAAAUCUUGGACUUUUGACUCAUUCAUUACUCAAAGUGAUUUGAAUUCAAUUUGGAAGCCAUUAUUGUUGAUGUAAAUUAAUAUUCUGAAAUUUAAGUUAUUUAUAUUUUACAGCUAAUAUUUGAGCUUAACAUUUUGUGUGUGAGUGAGUGAGUGAGUGAGUGUGUGUGUGUUCGUUUUGCUGGAGAAAUUGCCAAAGAGAAAUUUAGGGUAAAAAUAUGUAUAGAAUAUAUUAUAUGAGAGGGAGAAUUGUGCCAACCGAGUCUAUAACCUUUGUUGUUAAAGGGAAACUCAGCACAAUAUGCAGCUGUUGCUUUCAAAGUCGUUUAAACUGCACUGGAUCACACAAACUAUUCACUGCACAAACGUGUCAUGAUUUGUUAGGAGACAUUCAUUCACAAGUCUGAUUGACCACAAUAUAAUAAAAUGUAAUUUGUUGAUUUUCAUUCAAUUAUUAUUUUAGUUAACACAUUUAACUUGUGAUUAAUUUGCUUGUUCAAGACUAAUUUUUCAUGUCUUUUAAUGUAUCAUUAGUUAGACAUAGUGGGCCCACCUGUAAGGUUUUAUGAAUUUACAACUGAGAUAUAACUUCUAUCUCAAUAUCUAAUGGUUUAGGAGUUGGUAUAAUAUUCCUGGACUCUGCCUCUAACUAAAUAUGAAUAGAAUUUUUUUUUAGAUAUAUAUUAGCCUAUUAUUUUUCACAUACGACUACAUCAGAUCAGUGCCUACAGUUUAUGAAGGCUGAGAUUGUUUGUGCAUGCCAUUAGCGAAGUAUUAAAUUCAUAUAAGAGUAUAAAGAGAACGUUUUGUGUAUAUACCGAUUACACAUAAUUGAAUGUAAAAAAAUGAAUCAUGUUCAAUAAUAUUUAUUCUGUUUCCAGGGCAGAUAUUGUAACACCAUAGAUUUGUGUGGUGUGCAAGGCUUCAGGGUUCCUCAAGCUGUUCUUUUGCUUGAAUUUUGUGAAUUGAAUCAAGUAUAAAUCGUUUAAAAUUUAAAUACAUUUAGUUGACAAAAA